CUGCUGGUUAGUUCCGGCCAACGCCUGGUGUGUGGUAACAGCGGCGGACGCUUCCUCCUCACAGGCGCUUCCGGCGCGGCGGCGAAGCCCACUCGAGAGCUUCGAGGGCUCCGUGGGUCGUGGUUACAGCAUUUGUAUCCUUUGUGUUAAUAUAAAUCCAAGGUCUUGUAUUUUGUCGAAGAGUAUCAGAAGAAGAGUGUAAUGGGGUAAUAAAUAGAUGGACAAUAUAUUUUUCAAGUUUUCAAGUAUUCUUGCACAACGAGGAAAAAGAAGAAACAUUUCAGUGAAUGAGGAGUUUUUUGCUUCUAUAGUGUUUUCCUUGAGAAGUGGGUCUUUGAAUGAGGAUGACAAUGGAAGAGAUGAAGAAUGAAGCAGAGACCACUUCUAUGGUUUCCAUGCCUCUCUAUGCUGUGAUGUACCCCGUCUUUAAUGAGCUAGAAAGAGUAAAUCUAUCUGCAGCUCAGACACUGAGAGCAGCAUUUAUUAAGGCCGAAAAAGAAAAUCCAGGUCUUACACAGGACAUCAUUAUGAAAAUUUUGGAGAAAAAAAGUGUGGAUGUAAACUUCACAGAGUCUCUUCUGCGUAUGGCAGCUGAUGAUGUAGAAGAGUAUAUGAUUGAAAGACCAGAACCAGAAUUCCAAGAUCUUAAUGAAAAGGCACGAGCACUUAAACAAAUUCUUAGUAAGAUUCCUGAUGAGAUCAAUGACAGAGUGAGGUUUCUUCAGACAAUCAAGGACAUCGCGAGUGCAAUAAAGGAACUUCUUGACACAGUAAAUAAUGUCUUCAAGAAAUACCAAUACCAGAACCGACGGGCACUUGAGCACCAGAAGAAAGAGUUUGUAAAAUACUCCAAAAGUUUCAGUGAUACUCUGAAAACCUAUUUUAAAGAUGGAAAGGCAAUAAAUGUGUUCAUAAGUGCCAACCGACUAAUUCAUCAAACCAACUUGAUACUGCAGACUUUCAAAACUGUGGCCUGAAAACUGUAUAUGUCAAGAGUUGUACUUUUCAAUGGUGGAUAGGGUACCUUUAUAUGUAAAUUUUAAAAGUUUUGACUGUAUAAAUUAUCAGCCCCUCUUGAGGGGCCUAAUGCAGGAUUUUGAAUGGGAUUAUUGCCAUCUUACACCAUAUUUUUGUAAAACAUUGUAGCUUAAUCAUAAUCUCACAAUGAAGAUUUUGCAUCACUUUUUGCUAUUAUCAUUCUUUUCAGAAUUAUAAGCCAAAAGAAUUUACGCCUUAAUGUGUCAUUAUGUAACAUUCCUUAUAAGAAUUGUAAAUAUUUGGUGUUCUGUUUCUGACAUUUUAACUUGAAAGCGGAAAACUGCAAGAUGAUGUAUUUAACAAUAUUGGUGGCAAAUAUUCAAUAAAUAGUUUACAUCUGUUAGACUGUCUUUUUGUAUGUGAACAAAAAUGCAUAACAUCUUUCUAGAACUGCAGAACUUUCAUUAAGUGGAAUAAAAGACAAUUAUUUGGGUGCUUAAAGCUACUGGCAUUUCAAAACAGUGUAAAAUAAGGGAUUUUCCGUACAGUAGAGAUUUGUUUUUACUGUGAUCUAAUGCUAGUCCAGAAUACCAGAAUAAUUCUGUUAAAAUGCUUUUAACAAAAUAAAGAACGCCAGAAGUGAGAUGUGCUUUUGUUUUGAUAGGAACUAGAUCUCACUUCUUUCUUCUGUUGGUGAUGAGUUAACAGCUUUUACUCCUAGACUACUUCAAGGUCUUGAGCAGAGGAUUACUUGAAAUAUAUUCAGCUGACUCUGCAGCAAAGAGUGAAUUUAAAAGAUUAACAUAAUUGGGCUUUAUAUUGGUACCCUUUUGGGAGGGAGGAGAAGAGAAGCUAGAAGUAGCACUAGUGAUGUCUAUACUAUGCAUGCCACAAGGCAACUGUUUGUUUUUUUUUUCAGGGACUGAAAUGAUGUGAGACCUCAAUUGAAUUAAAAAACAAAAAAUGUCUACGUAGAUGGUUCAGAACUGCUGAUGGACAGAUUCAAAUUUUAUCAUUGUGAUUUCUUGGUAGUAUUUCCCAAGUUCUAAUGAGUAUCUUACAUGCCCCUUUGAAGUGCACCUUCAGUUUAUUUUGAAGAAUCUUUACAGAAUAAACCUCUGAAAGCUUUCAAGAUAUUUGUGGCCAUAAUUAGUAAGUUUAGGAAAGAAUGUGAAGCAGUUUAUAAGGCUGCACAAGCUGUUGCAGGAGGAUAACUUCGGACUGAAAGAACUAUUCCUUGUUUAGGCAUAAAUGAUAAAGAAAAGGUACAGCCAGACUGUUCUUGCACACUGUCCUGGUGCUGUAUUGCUCAUUUGGGGCAAGUGCCUUAUCCUGAGUACAACAGCUGUGUCUUUGAAUUUGGUGAUCUGCUUAAAUGAUCUGAAAGGAGAGAAUUCUGUCUACAGCCCUCCACAAUAGCACUGGAUGUUCUGCUCUGUAUCUGUGCAUGGAAAUGUUUCCUUGAUGAAAGCACUGACUGUAGUGAAAUACAACUGUGAAGGAGAGUAUUAUGUAAAAAUGAGUUCUUGGGAAUGUAUGUUGUGAAUUUCUUGGUUACAUGAAGCUAUAAACUGAAAGUGAUCCUUAAAGCUUGCUGUUCAGGCUCUUUUCUGUUCUCAUGAUGGUGUUUUGUGUUUAUAAGCAAAUUGAAAUUGGUUAAUGUGACAAAGGGAUGCAUAGAAAAUUUUUAGUUAAACUUUGUUAGGUUAGUAUGCCAAGCUUUAAUAUAUGUCAUUUCUUGGGGAGUUUUGGAAGAGAAGCAGUGUUAGCAGCUUCUAAGGAGGCAGCCUGACUAACAGUAAUAAUUUGCAUCUUUGAUUUGUGUAAGUACAUAAAGUUGAGUAGUCUUCCUUGUAAAUUACAAGUUGGAGCACCAGAAGGCUUAAUGAAAACUCAUUGAUCAGGUAGAAGAAAGGGGAAGGAACCCAGAGUUUCUGAUGCUUCAUUUAUCUUGAAAAGAGUACUUGGGGAGACUGCACCAGUGGCUGUAAGGAGAGCCACAAAAGCUUGGGUUACACUUUGCGAGUUGGACUUGAUUCUAAUGAAAUUCUGUAGAAUUGCUGUUUUGUUGGAUUGAGAGGGACAGUAGCUACUGUUUGUAGUCCUUAGUUGAGUGAUAUUAUGUUUAUGUCUUCAGUUGAUAAUAAUAAUUUAGUAAAUUCAGUGAAUAAUUCAAUAAAUCUACUAUUUGGUUCCAAGCAAGGUGCUGUUAUGUCUUGCUAAUUGAUUCCUUGAAGUGACAAUCAAAGAGGCUAUUAAUAAAUUAGCAUAGGUUCUUCCUACAAGCCUUUAUUAAGUAAAAGGUACUAAGUAUAGGGCUAAGCUUCAGGUAGUCUGGCCAAUAUGUUUAGUUUUAUUUGUGUGUUCUUAAAAGCAAUGGAAAACAAUUCAUUGUAAUCCAUGUCUGGUAAUGAGAACGCUUGAAAACUGAUGUCUUCAGGUCUCUCUUCUAUUGUGUGCAGUGAAACCAUAUCUAGUAGUCUUACAGACUUUAUUUUCCACAGAGUAUGAUCUGGGGCAUAUGUCUGUUCAACUUUUAUUGUGGUUUUGCACUUUAUUAUCAAAGUUAUCUGAGUAGCUUAAGAUAAGUUUCUCUUAAGGAUUUCUAAUGCAGCAGUUAGUGUUGCAAAGUGCUGUUAGAAAUUUUCUGCUGUGAAUGUGGGUUAUAACUGAUAUGAUCAUGUUAACAUACAGAAAACCAACCUAAUAAACAAAAUAAAACUUUG